ACGGAACUCACCAAGAAGCUCGGCAUCAAGCGGCCCAUCGUCCAGGGCGGCAUGAUGUGGGUCGGCCUGCCCAAGCUCGUCGCCGCUGUGUCCAACGCGGGAGGCCUGGGUCUCUUGACCGGCCUCACGGCAGGCAGCCCCGACAACCUGCGCAACUCGAUCCGCGAGGUCCGCAAGCUCACCGACAAGCCUUUCGGCGUCAACCUCACGUUCCUCCCGUCCAUCUCGCCGCCGCCGUACGACGUGUACGCCAAGGUCAUCGUCGAGGAGGGCAUCAAGAUUGCCGAGACGGCUGGCGGGCCCGCCGCGAUCCCGGUCAUCAAGUACUUCAAGCAGAACGGCCUCACCGUGAUCCACAAGUGCACGAGCAUCCGCCACGCCCAGGCCGCCGAGAAGGUCGGCGUCGACUUCCUGUCGAUCGACGGCUUCGAGUGCGCAGGUCACCCGGGCGAGGACGACAUCGGCGGCUUGCUCCUCCUCGCGCUCGCGGCGCGCAAGAUCAAGACGCCCUACAUCGCCUCGGGCGGCAUCGGCGACGGUCGAGGACUCGCAGCCGCCAUCUCGCUCGGCGCCCAGGGCGUCAACUGCGGCACCGUCUUUAUGGCGACGCAGGAGUCGUACGUCCACGACAACAUCAAGCAGACCAUGGUCAAGGCGGACGAGCGCAGCACGACGCACUUGUUCCGUACGCUCAGGAACACUGCUCGCGUGUUCAAGAACAAGAUUGCCGAGGAGGUCGUCGCCAAGGAGCGCCGACCUGGCGGCGUCGAGUUCCCCGAGAUCCAGCCCCUCGUCUCUGGCGCUCGCGGCAAGUCCGUGUACGACUUUGGCGACCCGGACGCCGGCGUGUGGUCGGCCUCGGGCGUGUGCGGCCUCAUCGACGACGUCCCGACGUGCGCCGAGCUCCUCGACCGCAUGGAGCGCGACGCCGAGAAGGCCCUCCUCGCCGGCUCGAGCAUGGUCAAGCGCGAGAGCAAGCUCUGA